AUGCUUGUCUCUGCUGCCAACGACUCGAACAGCGCUUCUCAGCUCAACAAUGUCCCCUCGCUCAUCAGCGCUCGCUCUGCCAACUCGCUCAUCUCGGAAAAUCGUCCGACUCGCAUUCAAGCAGAGACACUCCUCGUCCUAAAUGGCUUGCUCGACGAACUCCUCCUCACCAUCCUCACCGCCGCCAAAAGCUUGGCUACUGAUCGCAUCAAGUCGGAUGGUAUGCUCAGAGUCUUUAGCAACAACUUGCUCGCCAAAGAUGCCGUCCUCGAGGCCGAACUCGAGCUUCGCAGCUAUCUUGAAGCCAGGCGUGCAGAAGGCGCAAAGGUACCCCUCGGCCUCAUGGCCACCUCUCGUCUCGACGGCACCGACAACUUCCCCGUUGAGAGCGCUUACAAGGCGCUCAGGAUUCGCUGUCAGUACUACUCCACCCUCGGUGACUCAAAUGACGAGAGCGCCGCCAGAGACCAAAACAUCAUGAGCCCCGAUGGACGCCCCAUCGCCACUGUUACACCAGCCGCUGCUAUCUACGUCACCGCCUUGCUCGAAUACGUCGGCGUUCACCUCCUCCAGAAUGUCGCGCGUGUCAUCGAGCGCGACAACUCGGACGAGGCCAGUCUCUUUGACCUUCGCGCUGCCAUCAUUGAGGACGAGCAGCUCAAUCCGCUCUUCAACAAGAUGGCUAUCCGACAAGAACUCGUUCGACGCAUCGAUCUCGUCGAGUCUCGUCAGCGCAAGGGCACCGAAGACGGAGCCGGUCGUAGGAUUGUCAAGCCCUGGCACGUGCCAGACGAGCACGACUUUGACGAGGCGGCGGGCCCCACCCUCUUUUCGUCCAAGCGUGCCUCGAUGCAACAGUUUCAACACAACAGCAACGGCCCUACCUCGACAUCGUCGUCCUCGCGCUACGCCCAUGCACCAUCCAACAGCCUCGGCAGCACCUCUACACUUCGCACAUCAUCCUCGAUAGCUCACAAUUCCUCGGAACUUUUGUCAGGCGUCGGUAGCACCGCCAAGCAGAAUGCGAUACGUGCCUCGGCUAGCCUCACCAACGCCUCGGACGCUAGUAACACAGCCAGUCUCGCACAUCGACAGAGCUCGGAUCGUAGCUGGUCUGGCGUCUUUGGAGGUAUAAAGCGUCGCAACAGCUUCAAACAAGCCUCCGACACCGCACCCGCCCGUCUGAUGCUACCUACAGAUCCCAAUGCUGCUGCCAAUGCCGAAUCAGCUUUGGACGCCGACAACGACUUUGAAGCUCUCAUGCUCUCCGGACAGACCAUGAAGGUCUCGCUCACGCCCAAUCGUCUUCACACCAUCGAGGUUUCCAACAAAGGCGCCGACACCGGCGCCGACGUCAACGUUGCCUCUCUUCGUCGGCGUCCUGGCACCCCAGGUCCGCGCGACGAAGUUUCCUUUGGAACAGGUGCUUUUGCACGCGGUGCUACUUCCAUGUCCACCCAGACCUCACAGACGUCGACGCCAGCAGAUGCACUUUCCGUCGGCGCUGUAGGCACUCUCGAGAGGGUGUCAACGGGCAGCGCACCUAGCUCGGAGGCCAGCGUCCCUCGACCAAGCUCCCGUGCGUCUCUGCAGACGGCGAUGCGGCCCGAACGCAGAGCAGCCGCUCCUCCACCGUCAUCGUAUCGAAGUCCUUCUCCCAUGAUGGGCAAGAACAAUGUGACUACACGCGAAAUAGCCGAAGAAGAUGGUGUCAUAUCCAGCACCUCGCCUCUAAUCUCUCCACCUACCGCAUCGUUUCGACGCAGCACGCCACGUUUGCAGCCUCGCGACGACGAGGCGGAACGCAGCUCAUCGGCACAAAAGGACCUCAUGGAUCUGUUCAGAUCGACGCCACCUUCCUCGACAUCAGAGAGGUUUGGCCACUUUGGCUCCGACACUUCUUCCUUAACAGACGGAGCUCCCAAAAGGUCGGCAAUGGGCGAACGCGUGCGCACCUUGUUCGGCCGCAAGACAGCCAGCAGCAACGGCCACGGCUCGCCUUCCUCGCCUCGACACAAGGCUCUCCGCAGCGAGUAUCAGCGCUCGGACCCGAAAGCAAGCUUGGAAGGAUCACAAGACACGUUUAUCACCAGCAGCACCACCAACUCGAUUGAACAGACACGCUCGCUUAUUUCACCUAACGAAGUGCCCUUUAACCGCAAUACAGCAUCGCGUUCGUCGACGUCGACAUCGGAGCAUGCCGCAGUGGUUGGUGCUGACACGAUCACGGAAGCCAAACCCACACCGGAUGUCGCUGUGGUCGAGCCAGAACGUGCGCCCGUCCGUGCAUCCAUCGGAUUGGGCGUUGGUCUGGUAACGCUUGCAGGCGCAGCUGGAGCUGGAGCUGGAGCUGCAGUUGGAGUUGGAGCAGUGGCUGCGUCUCGGAAUGCAAGCAAUGGCUCGAGAUCUACGAGCUAUGGAAGCCAGACGCACGGCAUGGCCGAAGCCGCGGCUCAGGAAGAAUCGCCAGCGGAUGACGCAUCGACAACGUCCAAGUCGUCCAAGGCGGCAGAGGAACUGGUUAGUCGCAAGGUUCCUUGGGGAUACAAGCGCAACUCGACAAGCGUAAACGCGGUGAUCGAACGUAACGGCACACCCACUUCGGAUCGACGUCGAAGCGUCGGCUACACGAGUUCAACUGGACACGGCGUGUUGGCCCUGCUCGGUCAGGCUGGCGCUCCCUCUUCUGACGUCGGACAUCACUCUGUCGGACAUCACUCCGUGGGGGGAGUAGCAGCGGUCUCGCCUACCACCGCCACCGGCACCACUACUGCCGUGAUUGCCACCGCUGACGAAGGAUGCUCGUCUCGCACUACUUGGCCGGCGCGAGGCAGCGCCGCGCCUACGGCUUGGACAGGUGGCGUUGCAGCGUCGGGAUCACAGAGCCUGUCGCGAAGAGGAUCCUUUGCUAAUCGUCCCUCUUCAGCCAACGCGUCACGUCGACCGAGCACGAGUCUCGAGACGAUCCAAGUGCUGGCCGAGUUAGAGAAAGCGAUGCGCAACUGCCACAACGUUGACGAAUGUCGAGCUCUGGUGCAGAAAGCGAUGCGCUCUGAUGGGCUACCUCUUUCGCCUUCUGGCUCUCGUGGAACGGGCGUUGCAGAGGAGAGUGCGGCUCGAGACGAGGUCAAGGCAGAGGCCUGGUCUGGCGAUGCAGUUGAGACGGUUGAGGCUGCUGCAGCGCGUGAAACGAUUCGAGGCAAAGCAAGCACGAUAGCGACAAGUAAGGCGCCUGCUGCGACCAACGGACACGCUCCCGCCGACGAUCCGAGAACCAAAGUGGAAGCUGUGCAUGGUACCAUGUCGGUGGAGCAGAGCAGCUCGUUGGAGACUGUAGAGCAGGGACUGGUGGUGGCAUGGUUGCUCGGUGGAGACGACAGCCCCACAUCAACACACGCUGUCAGACAUGAGAAAGAGGAGCACGCGAUGAAAGCGGAACAGAGAGAGCACGUUGGAAAGGUGGUAUCUGCAUUGGUCGAUGAUGAUGUUUCAGACGAGAAAGUGGACAGGGCGGCGGCCAUACAGCGUGGAUGUUCAAUCGACUUGAACGUUUCGCGCGACAAUGUCGAGCACCGCGCAUCGAGCAGUGUGGUGUCCUUGCAAUCGAACUACAAGGAUGCGCAGGACGAAUUGUCGGUCGAGUAG